AUGGCACUGUACCGAAAAAAAAAGCCUCCAGUUUCCAUCUCUGACCUCGAGAUGAAAGAUGGGGUCCUGUACUGGCUGUUACACCUGCCAGAUAAGAUUGUGUACCAGCUGUGUGUUCCGGAAAGAUUGCGUGACUCGGCAUUGAAAGCGGCUCAUACUUCACCUCUAGCAAUUCACUCCGGUAUACAUCGGACAUAUAAGAAUCCGCGGAACAUGUUUUACUGGCCCAAUAUGCUACGUGAUGUCCACCAGUAUGUUGAACAUUGCCUUAUGUGUCAGCAGUCAAGAGGGGUCGCCCAACGUGUUCCAGUGGCUGAUGCACCUCUAGCUCUUUAUCCACUGGAACGUGUGUCAUUGGACAUUCUCGACCUGUGCCAGGCACCCAUGAGAUGGGCAUUAACUGUCUUAGACCAACAUUCUCGGUUCAUCCAGAUCAUCCCAUUCCGAGAUAUAACAGCCUUAAGAGUAUAUCAUGCCUUCCUUGACCAUUGGAUAACAUACUUUGGUCCACCUCGCGUCAUCCAGACUGAUAAUGGCCAGCAGUUCACUUCUAACCUGUUUGCUGAGCUAGUGGACAUGUUACGAGCUUCACACCACUUCACCAUCCGAUAUCACCCCUAG